AUGUCGUCGGGCGCUCUCUUCCCGAGCCUGGUCAGUGGAUCCAGAGGAAGCUCCAGCAAGUACCUGGUGGAGUUUCGUGCUGGUAAAAUGACCCUGAAGGGGAACAUCGUGAUGCCGGACAAACGUAAGGGCAUGGUGUACAUCCAGCAGUCUGACGACUCCCUGAUCCACUUCUGCUGGAAGGACAGAACCACCGGGAACGUUGAUGACGAUCUCAUCAUCUUCCCGGACGACUGUGAAUUCAAGAGGGUGAACCAGUGCACCACCGGACGAGUGUACGUGCUGAAAUUCAAGGCCGGAUCCAAGAGGCUGUUCUUUUGGAUGCAGGAACCGAAGACGGACAAAGACGAGGAGUACUGCCGCAAGGUGAACGAGUUCCUGAACAACCCGCCGAUCCCCGGAGCCCCCGGCAGCGGGGGCGGCGGCCACGAGCUGUCGGCGCUGGGCGGAGAAGGAGGCCUUCAGAACCUGCUGGGAAACAUGAGCCACAACCAGCUGAUGCAGCUGAUCGGCCCCACCGGGCUGGGGGGCCUGGGUCUCGGGGCCCUGGCUGGACCUGGACUCGCCAACCUGCUGGGCAGCGGGGGUCCGGCCACCAGCAGCUCCUCGUCCAGCUCUCGCAGCCAAUCGACUGCGGCCACUCCUUCCUCUGGCUCCGCCCCCAGACUGAGCUCCUCUCAGACCCCCUCCACCCCUGCUGCUCCUGCUGCCUCCACCACCUCCUCCUCCUCCUCCACUGCUGCUCCUGCUGCUCCAGCAGCCACUCAGACCCCGGCGAUCCCGGCCUCCGCCGGCAGCCCCUCCGCCCACCAGCCCAUCCAGCUCAGCGACCUCCAGAGCAUCCUGGCCACCAUGAACGUCCCUGCAGCAGGCGCGGCGGCCGCCCAGGGCUCGGCAGUGGACCUGACCAGCGUGUGCACCCCGGAGAUGAUGGCCCCCAUCCUGACCAACGCCGAGGUGCAGCAGCGGCUGCUGCCCUUCCUGCCCAGCGGCGAGAGUCUGCUGCAGAGCGGCCAGGAGAUCCAGGACACGCUCAACUCGCCCCAGUUCCAGCAGUCCAUGAGCAUGUUCAGCAGUGCCUUGGCCUCCGGGCAGCUGGGCCCCCUCAUGAGUCAGUUCGGUCUGCCGGCCGACGCCGUGGACGCCGCCAACAAAGGAGACGUGGAGGCGUUCGCCCGGGCCAUGCAGGGCAGCAAGGACGCCAAGGACAAGAAGAAGGACGACGAGGACGACAACAUGACGCUGGACUGAGACGACGGCGGCGGCGGCACACAUUCCCUCUCCCUCCUCCUUCCUCCACCUCAGGACCAACGGCGCCUCCGCCCCGGAGGAGACCCCGGCCUCGGCGCCUUUCCUUUCCAACUCUUCUAAUAAAAGCAAAUUAAAGUCACCGAUCAGA